GUCGCGUCGAUCUCUUCAUUGAAUGUUGGAAGCUAUGGGGAACGAAGUGAGUGCAACGGAAGGAGAGAGUGAGGAGAAGGAAGAAGAGGACGAGUGGACGAGCAGGGAGGAGGACGAGGUGUCUGGCGGGCUCUGGUCUCUCUCACACGAAGUGGAAGACGGGCAGCAGGUGUGUGUGCUCACGUGCGCCGCCACCGGCUCCUCUCAGGCGCAGCUCUGCCAGUCUGGAGCAGAGCACCUACGGCUGUUGCGUCACCCGAGCAUCGUCAAGUUUCUGAGCUACGAUCCAUCUCUCAGUCCUCUGGUCAUGGUGACGGAGGCUGUGCUGCCUGUGUGGGGUGUGGUGAGUGGGAUGUGUGAGGAGGGGAUGGUGACGGGGUGGAGGGACAUUGCCAAGGGACUGGCUUUCCUUCACGACAAGGCCAAGUUGUCCCACAACAGUCUGUGCUGUGAGUGUGUGUUUGUCUGUGCCAACACUAGCCACUGGAAGAUUGGUGGGUUUGAGGCUGCAGCUCACCACUCCAAAAUCAACCACACGUUUAUUGAGACCAUUGCAGCCAUCAGACCACCUGAUACUGUCCCUCCUGAAGACACAAACCCUACUCCAGAGUCAACUCCAACUGUUCCGUGUCACUCUAGAGAUGUGUGGGCCUUGGGUCAGUUCAUGUUGUCAGUGGCAGAGGAGGCUCAACUCAGCAGUGAGUACACUACUGGAACCCCUCUCUAAGGACACCCCUGUAAUAACGACACCUCUCUAAUAAGACAUUUUCUUUUCCCAAGAACAACUCUCGUGUGAUAGUUUACACCUGAAAAAUGGACACUUUCUUCUGUCCCGUUGGUGUCUGGAUUAGAGGGGUUCCUCUAAACCAUAGAGACCGAGGCUAUUGGGAAUUUCUCUAU